GAAUAUGUGGAGAGAAAAAUACGAAUAAAUGUUUAUGCGUGUGACUACCGUCAGAUUAAUUUAUAGUUAAUCCAACGGUUGUGAAUGAACAUCAAUAGUGACGUGUGAACAAACAGAGAGUAAACUCUAGGUUUAAGCACAACACGUAACUCACGAGACAAGAGGAGAGAAAGAUGGGGAUAUCAGGUUCAAAGCGAGUCAAGACGAGUCUAUCCAACUCGCCCGAGUUCCACUCGGCUUGUGACUCAGCAUACGAGGAGUCUCUUUCUCUCGCUCAGCAUGCUUUCUCCGGAGUUCGUCCCUACCAACUCCUCACCGCCGCCGCCCACAUCCACCGGAACUUGUCUUCUUUCCCUCUAAUCAUCAAGUGGGUCCCUUCUCCUCCGAGUCAAUCCCAAGUCGACUCAGCUCUCCGAGUCAUCACCUCCCGAGUCACGGCAGAUGAGGAGGAGGUUCUCGGGCCGGAGAAGUUCAAGGAAUGGGCCAUCGAGGUUUUCACGGGAUCCAUUGUGGGAAACGCGAGGAAAGCGAUAGCGAGUAGGAUUCCGUUAGGAAUCGCCGGAAUAGCUGGGAUCGGAGCGGUGACUCGGUCAGGACAGAACCUGAUCGGAGCAGCGAUUGGUGUGUACGCAGUUGGAGUUGCAACUUCGGUUUUUCUCAGCCUCUCUGACUAGAAAAAAACAUUAGUACUUAUGUUCUUCACAUGUAGUUCUGCUUCAGCAAGUGUAAGGGGAUUUUCUUUGUAAACUGGUUUUGCAAGUGAAUUGAGUUCGUUAAUGAACCAAGUGAUUGUUGUCUUUAAAACUUGUAGAGAUCUGUACCCUAGAUUCUUAGCAAUAAUCUUUUGCAGCAUGUUUGUAACAUUUAAUUACAUAGACUUUGUAAAAUAAAUAUGAUAUGUAAUACAUUAUGUAAACUGUGACCAUACUAUGGUAUAAUCUUCUUCUUUUUUU